UCUAAGCCUUCCAGAGCUCCUCAAGCUAAGGAAGUCAGGGACAAAGCAGAGUUUAACCAGUUUAGAGUACUCAAGACUAGCCAUUCAGCCUCAUUGAUAUAAAAAUUGAGAGGCUGAGGCUCUGCCACGCCCAUAUUAAAGACUUCAAUGGCAUGAGAGCCGCACCGCACCCAGAGGACUUUAUCCGAGCACGUCUGUGAGGUACACGCAGUGUAGUGGAGUCCAGAGAAAUCCAACACACACACAGCAGGAUGUAUGAACGCGCACUGUUCGCUCUCUGCCUACUUACUUCGGUACUGUUUCAGAGCGCUGCGUCUUGUGAUUUGAGGCCUGUGCUUGCUCAGGUUCCUAAGAGGCUGCCCGCCGGAUAUGUCAUCUCCGAAGGCAAGAAAGAAUUGACUCUCGAAGGUUGUGCGGUCAAACCCGUCGCCUUUACUUCCAGUGACCCUGACUUCGCCGUAAAUACAGAUGGAACCAUUUUCACAGUUCAUGGUUUGGAGAUUACAAUAAAGCGGUUUUCUGUGCUGGUGCAGGAUGAGAACGGAUCAGAAUGGAGGGUGGACAUAGUCCUGUCCUGUAAAGAUGAGGCAUCUCAGAAGUCCGGCAGUGUGGCUCACAAGCGUGCUAAGAGAAGAUGGAGACCAUUGCCUUUCAAUUUAUUUGAGAAUGACAAGCCUCCAUUCCCAAAGGAGCUGGAGAUGAUUGCGUCUGAUUCUUCAGUAAAUUACACCGUGUAUUAUAAGAUCAGUGGGCAGGGCGUUGACAAAGAUCCUGUGGGCCUCUUCAUUCUGAAUAAGCAAACUGGCAUGCUGAGCGUGACCAGGGCCGUCGACCGUGAGCAGUACCCACAAUUCAAUUUUAAAGCUCAAGUGUUUGAUCUAAGUGGCAGGGAAACUGAUCAAUAUCUGCCCAUCACUGUGAAUGUGAACGACAUGAAUGAUAACGCCCCAGAAUUCAGUGGAAAUCGAUUCUUCACCGUAGAAGAACGGUGCAGGGCAGGUACUGUUAUAGGAAAACUGAAUGCCACAGAUAAGGAUGAGCCCAAAACCCUCCACACCUCCAUCAAGUUUACUCUGCUGAACGCUACUGACAUGUUCUCCAUUGAUGCUUUUACUGGAGUAUUAACUGCCAAAACCAACACCUUAGACAGAGAGGCUCAGGACAAAGUCUUCGUUGAAGUAGAGAUCAGAGAUAUGGGCGGUGCUCCUAGUGGGCUCUUCACAAAAGGAACAGUUGUGGUUAAUCUCACAGACGUUAAUGAUAACCCUCCUACCUUUAAAGAGAAGUUGUACAAGGCCAAAGUAAAGGAGAACCAAGAAAAUAUGGUAGUAACUAGGAUACCAGUGGAAGAUAAGGACUUGAUAAACACCCCUAACUGGAGGGCCUUGUUUGAGGUCACCAAAGGAAAUGAGAGUGGGAACUUCAGGAUGGAGACCGACCCCAAAACCAACGAGGGGCUUCUGUAUGUGAUAAAGGGAUUGGAUUAUGAAAAAACUCCACUGGUGAAGCUGGAAAUAACUGCCCGUAAUGACGUUCCACUGGUUGGGGUUGAACCUAAAUGGAUGUCUGUGCCAGUCGAGCUCAGUGUGGAAGAUGAAGAUGAAGGACCAGAGUUCAACCCUGGCAUUCUGUAUCUCAAAGUCAAGGAGAACGUUGCCAACGGAACAGUCAUUGGAACCUAUAAAGCUGUGGACCCAGAAAAAAAGAACAGUGAUGGAAUAAAGUACUAUAAGAUAACUGACCCUGGCAACUGGAUCAAUGUGGUGGAGAACACUGGAGAACUGAAAGUAGCCAAUACUAUAGACCGAGAAUCACCUUUGGUUCAUAAGGAUAUGUACAACAUAACCAUCAGAGCAGUGGAUGAGAGUAAGAAGACAGGAAAGGGGACAGUUAUACUCCAGAUCGAAGAUGUGAACGAUAACAUACCUGUGAUUCCGGGUACAGACCUGAUCAUGUGUAGUAAGGGCAAUACGCUGAGCUCGGUUCUGGUCGAAGCUGUGGACAUGGACAAAGCACCUUACUCCUCUCCCUUCACAUUUGAACUUGGAGCAGAUAAUGAUGGGAAGUGGAAACUGAAGGAUACUACAGAUACCUCCGUGGUGCUGGAACCGGCUUCGGCCAUACUUAACGGUGUCUACAGCGUCCCUCUGAUUGUGAAGGAUCUGCAGGGAUUGGGGAAAGAGCAGAUCAUGAAUGUGCGAGUGUGCAACUGUGAAAGGGAGGAAAAUGGAGUGGGAAUAUGUGGGGUUCGGAGUGCCUCUUCCUCUUUGGGCAGUUUGGGAAUCCUUGCCUUAGUUCUCUCUGGCCUGCUGCUACUACUCUUAAGUCUGUUGCUCAUCUUCAUAUGCAGUACUAAGAGAGACAAGCUGUACAUCAACGAUGACACGGGAACGGGUGGAAUGCUGCUGAAAUCCAACACUGAGGCUCCGGGCGAAGAAGUGAAAGAUGAUGCUUUGAUGAUUAUUCCUGGGGGAGAGUUAGUGGACGGGUCAGUGAAGAGCGGCCUCAUGGAAAGCAAGAACGUCACUUCAGCUCCAGGACGGUAUGGGCAGCCGCUUUUCCAGGGUGGAACAGGCGUGUACAACACCACCACUCAGGAGUUUGGGACAGAAAAGUACUACUCAUCUGGACGCUAUGAUAACAACAUGUCCGGCAACCUCACGAUGCAGAAAUUCUCAAAUACGAGUGCUCUGGACACAUGGAAAACCAAUGGGCGCUACUUGGAGAGAAAACUGGCUUACUUUGGAGAAGAGGAGGAGGGCCGGUAUGCGGAUGACCUGCUGAAAACUUAUGGGAAUGAGGGGAUGGGAUCUCCUGCAGGCUCUGUAGGAUGUUGUAGCAUUGUGGGUGAACAGGAAUCAAUGGACUUUUUGAACACUCUCGGCCCCAAAUUCAGACCACUGGCUGACGUCUGCUACACCACGAAUCGAACCGGAAAUUAAAUCAAGACGUGUCUGAGAUGAGAGAGUACUGUAUGCUGUUUGCCAGGGGCCUUCAAAGCACACUGCAAAAAAUCAUGCUCCUAAUCAGUUUUUUUGGCUAGUUUUCCAGUAAAAAUAUCAAAACAUCUUUAAAACAGGAUGAAUUUGCUUGAGAAGCAAAAUGAUGUAAGACCAUUUACUGAAUAGUCUAUUCUUUAAUUGUUUCAAUUAUUUUGUCUUGUUUAAAUAUAAAUCUCACCAAAUAUGAUUAGAUUUAUGCUCAAAAAUCUCAAUUUGCUGCUUAAGUAAAUGUAUCUCCUUUUUUGAGGAUGUUUUGUUAUUUUUACAAACAAAAAUUACUCAUUUAGAAAACUAUUAUUGCAGUACAUGCCUUUCUGCUGGAUUAAUCAAGUGCCUUAACUUUGUGUGUGUUAACUUUUGUACGUUAAGUUUUUUUUAGUGUGUAAAUGAUGCAAAUAAGCUUUUCUGUAAUUGCUACAUUUUGCUCUGCUUUGCAAACCUUUUCCUCACAGUGCUGAGGAGGGACACUUUCAAUAUUAGUAUACAGAAGAGACGUUAUUCUCUCCCCGAUCGAUUGCAAUUCUCAGCCGUGUGAAGUAUUAACCAAGUCUGUAUAUUUACAAGACCAUGAUGAAGUGUGCUCAUAAACAUUUUCUGGGCACAGUGUGUGGAAUUCAGAGCACUCUUCGGCUCCAAAAGCACUGACACCCGACAUCAACUUUGGACAUUGAACUCAUCCUUAGGCCAUGAUGUAUCACUGGAGUUUUGUGUUAUUUUCCUACAACAUUAAACAGUUGCUAAGGGGUUUUUUUAUUUCAAUGAAAAGAAACCAAAUAUUUUGUAUGUAAGUCACUUUAUGCUUUAAAUGAAGAUAUAGGUGAAAGGUGAAAGAACUACAUUUGGGUAAAACUGUUUAGAAGUACUUUUUUUUUUUU